AUGGCCUGCUCAGUCGACGCCCCAUCCCUGAAGGACCUCCCCAAGGUCGCGACAGACCUCAAGAGCCAGCUAGAGGCUUUCAACCCCAGCUGCCUCAAGGACGUGGACACCAAUGAGAAAAUUGUCCUACCAUCUGCAGAAGACGUCGCAAAGGAAAAGCAACAUACAGCUCUACUUCAGGGAGUUGAACAAUUUCAGCCGAUCUUACUGAGGAAAACUGAAACGGUUGAGAAAAAUGUACUCCCCAACGCGUUAGAUGUUGCCACUGAAAAAACUCAAAAGUCCCUAUUUGAUGGCAUUGAAAAAUUCGACGCUACCAGGCUGAAACAUACUGAAACAAACGAGAAAAACCCACUGCCUGAUAAAGAUGUUGUAGCUGCCGAGAAAGCGCAUCAGAAUUUACUUGAUGGGGUGGAACAUUUCGACAAAUCUCAGAUGAAGCAUACCACGACAGAAGAAAAGAAUCUCCUGCCUCCAAUUGAAGCAAUUGAGGCCGAAAAGGAGAAAAAUAAGUUUUUGAAUGGCAUUGAAAACUUCGACCCAACCAAGUUGAAACACACUGAAACCUGUGAGAAGAAUCCUCUCCCCACUAAAGACACUAUCGAACAGGAGAAGACAGCUUGA